AUGGAAGGAAAAUGGAGAGAAUCAAACUUUACAGACUGCACUUCUUCUGAGUUUCUCAAGCUUGCUAAGAUGGUAUAUAGUUAUCUUAUUUGACAACAGUAAACCCUUUAUAGAAAAAAAAUUGUUACGAAGGCAUUCUCAUUUUCCAAGCGAUGAUUACCUGAACCUCAUGACCGAAAGAAAAAGAGAGAAAGAAAUAAAGAAGGGGAAAAACAGGUGUUAUCUUUUUCCGUGGGAUGCCUGUGGCACUCCCACGGUAAAAAUCCGGUUCGGUUGUACCCAACUUUGCAAAGCCAACCAAUAGGAUUGCCUAAAAUCUUUAUGGAUUAGCUCUUCUUCAAAGCCGACCAAUCAGAUUGUACAAAAUCUGUAUCGAUUUUUAAUCGAUUUGCUUCCUCUGAAGAACGUUGAAAUCAGAACGUUCCUUGCCAAAUUUGUCGCGCUAGAGUUUUCCCACUCGUGCUUUAGGAUGGCUUGUUAACCAGCGAAAUCCUUCGGGAUACUGACAAGUCACGAAAGGCGACCUAAACCAAAUUAUUUCUUUCCUUCAUGAUUCUUUUUUGUUUAGGUCUAGCUUUUUCAUAAGGUUUUAGUAGCGUCGAGGCCGUCUGGUUGCGGGCCAUGAUUUCCGAUAGAUUUUUCUAUUCGGAGUUCGCCAGUUUUUGCCGAGCACAGCUAGAGUUCAGUUUUUUUCUGUUCUUAUCGAAAACACGUUGACGAUGGGAGGUUAAAUCGCGUAAAUUUCAACUCGUACCCUUGACGAUUGGCGUGAAGUCGCGAAAAUAUUGUCCUCGUCGAUCGACGACUAGCUUUCGCCAUGGAUUGGACUCCUGGAUGGCACACGGAUCAGGAGUGGACCUUAGUAAACUUAUUAUACCUUGGAAUCAGGGAUAAUCAUUGGAACUAUGUUAACUUUGAGACCUUGGAAACACAUUGCAAUUAAUUUUUAACCGUACCAAGAGCAUCUUGGAAUAUUAAACUUUCAUCUUGGAUUAAAACAUUGGAACUUUAUCGAACUUUGUAACCCUGGGUUCGACCCUGGAUAAAGAAAGCGGAUGUUUUGUUUUGUUUUGUUCCAUUAAUCUAAAACUACAAUGUUUAUUUCUCUUUGAAAAAGUUACCUGUGACAACUUACUACCAAGAUAUGAUGUAUCUUUAUACAUAUAGUUCCUGUUCAGUUUAAUCAGAGAGCAUUAUGCGCAUGUUGUCCAUUACUUGUUUCCGUUAACAUUCCAAUAUUUAAGUUACACGGGUAAACCUUGCUUUGAUGCAAAAUAACUUCUUUUUCUUAUCCAAAUCGUGCUAUGAAAAUAACUACAUAGCAAUAGAUCAAAACAAGAUCAACUCCAUCCUUGCGACCACUGACAACUAUGAAUUUAGCUUGCGUAGAAGGUGUCCAAAGGGGUAGGGGAUAAGGAGAAAGCAAAAAGGGAAUGUGGAUUGGGGAGAAAUAGUAGCCUGCCACGCAGGCUACUAUAAAUUCAGUCAUAAGCACAUUAAACCAACCCAUACAGGUAACCUACUCAUCGAUGCUCAUAACAUGACACAUCUUUCCAGUUUCCAGUUGUCAGUUGUCAGUUGUCAGUUAAAAUUUGGGCCAUUUGUCAGUUGUCAGUUGAAUUUUAGGCUUUUUGUCAGUUGUCUGUUAAAUGUUUAUCAAUGAUUAACUAUGAAACUUAUUUGUAUAUUUCUGAUGCGAAAUUUGGCUUAAAAGGCACAUAUAAUGUAAAUUAAACAUUAAAUUCGAAAACUGAUGCAAUAGUACCUUAAUUUUUAUCAGUUUUGAUAUUGUACAUGUUGUAAGCAUUUCAAGUGGCCCUCCUUUUCUCAAGUCUCGUAUUACUCUCCUCCACUCGAACGUUUUUGCUGGCCAUAGUCCAACAUUGCCAAUCAUUAAGCCAAUCAAAAUUUAUACCCUGUCCAUCAGAAUAUUGUAUAAACAUUAUACAUGAGUCUUACGCCUGUGGACUAAAAACAUCGAUCCCACGUAUCAAGGUCCAUCAAGGACAAUUUCUCACGCCUGACUCACAAAUCCGGACAAAUUGUUCCUAACAAAUGAUAGUCCUUUUUUGGACUCUAACGAAAUCAUAUCAAAGCACGCUAAAAGUGUCGUCUUUUAAGUAGCUUCGGAAGUGCUCAAACGUCUUCGGGAACAGUCGGCAGACAUUUAAUUUUCGGCAACGUUUGGACGUCUUCGGAAAUUCGUUGGAAAUUUUCGGAAGUGGCCGGGACGUUUCCGGAAAUCUAGGUCAUGACAAGGUGAAAAUCUCACGCAUUUGACUCAGAAAAAGUUGGUAGGCAUAAUACUGGGACGUAGAUCCUGAGAAGAUCAAGAAAAACCGUCUCUGAAUCAUCUCAGUAAAAACUUGCAAUUGCCUUUGUAACGCCCUCAUUCUGAGCAGCUAUUCAAAGGAACGUAAAUUUGAGAUCAUAGGUCAUUUACAACAGAUAGUACAUGACAUACAUGGGUUUACAGUAAAAUCGUUGACGAAAUAUGACCCUUAAGCGUCUUGCUGCUAAGAUUACCCCUAAAAACGCACAUUUGAUCACUUUGUCUGAUGAAAAGAGUGGAACAAUGCUAUUUAAGGCCUUAAAAAAGGUUUGUAGAAAAUAGGGGACAAUCAGGUCCUUUGUCAGUUGACAGUAAAACUCAAGACAAAUGUCAGUAGCCAGUUAAAUCUUUUGGCAAUUGUCAAUUAAAAUUUUGGCCAUUUGUCAGUUGUCAGGUAACCCCAUCCAGACCCUCUUAUAACUGCCUCGAGUGUGAUUUCACGGUUCAUUAGGCAUGUAAGAAUGCAGAGAUAAAUCUGAAAUUUACAACUAAUAACGGAUUCAACUUUUGAAUAAUGAAUUCAUUAAUGGCAUCUUGGGGGGAAAGCGCUACCUGGCUUUUCUGUAAAAUGAAUUAUACUCGAGAAUCUAGAGUCGGAUGGCACCAUUGUACAAUAGCUUAUAAGGCUUCGUCAAAACGAAUCCUGUCUUUUUCUUUCCUUCCUCUUCUUCUUUAUUUUACACGAGGACGUUCCGUCCCGACACGAAACUGAGUAAACCCACAUGUGGAUAAUCGAAACUCUACUCUCCACAUGCUUUGUUUUAAUUGUUAUGCUUUUUUUGGAUGCGUCAGAUUUGCAGAUUCUUGUCGACGAUUACACUGUACAUAACAAUUAUUCACGGAAGUGGAGGUUUCUAGUGUGUGUGGUCAUUUCCCGAGCCGCUUCGUGGCGAAGUAAAUACCACCACUAGCCACCAACACUGAGGUAAAUAAUUGUUAUGUACAGUGUAAUCGUCGAGAAACAGUGAGAUAAUUGAGCACAAAAAUGAUGAUUUUUAACUCAUUUACUGUUGCCAACGAUUACAAUUUUUGCGCGCAAUGACCGAACGGUCGCGGCCGUCGCUUUUUCUUGCCGACAAAACUUUUGAAGGCAUUUGUUUAGCUCUUGCGGGAAAAUUUCUUCAAAAAAGUUGUCAAUUCUUUUUUUUAUUCAAAACCAUUCUGUAAAAAAUGAUUAUUAAAUUUAGUUUUAAGCUUAUUUAUGAACAAGUCAGCUAAUGAAAGUAACGCAAGACUUAAGCUUAAUUUUCACUUGUAAACAAAAAAACUUUUUCACCGAUUUCAUCGAUAAAUUCAAUUAAGUCAAAAAGACGAAGCUUUACUUGUUAAAACUUCCAAACCAAACUUCAUCACCUUCUUUGUGUAUUUCGGGAACAGUUUGCUUGAUUACUUGUGAAAUUUCUUUGUUUGUUACGGCAGAAACCGGUUCAUUUUGCCCACAAAUCGGAUAUUCUCAAAUUCAUUGUAUUAUUCGGUUUCUGCCUGUCUGGAUUUCUAUGGACGAGGCCUUAAAAGUAAUUGUUCGGGAGCAGAGACCGAAAAAUGCGAAUUUCGUUCAACAAUCGCCAUAUAAAAAGUCUGAGACGUAAUUCUGCUACAGAAAGACCUUCCGUUUAAUGCUAGAUAUUUCGGGGAGUUGAAAUGCGGUAUAUGUUUCGUAUUACAGGGCUUUUUUGUAGAGGAAUCUACAGCAAUGCAUGGAAACGAGGCUGAGAUCUACAUUGACCUUUAAGCACGCAAUUUAUGAGUGAACAGCGAUUGAAACUGAUAGAUACCUCGCAAACAAGUAGUUAGAUGUCGAACAUAUGAUCAGGUUAUAAUAGUGAACGUCACGUGACCAAAAAACUACAAAAAGUGUAAUUUUUGCUCUUUAUUAAACUUAAAAGCUACAAGGUAGUCAUGUGCUCCUGAAUGAGGUGCAAAAAAAGGUGAGUUCACGAGAGCUUGUAAAUUUUUAUUUUUUCGAAUCCUUUAUACACCUCACAGACAUCAGAGUCAGAAGAAAUGUCGAAGACGCGUAUUCCCCUCGCGCGCCUAGCAUGCUACGGAGGCUAAGCCAAACAGCGCCCGCUUAAUAAAUUGCCAAAAUAAAAAGGUAAAGCAACCAUAUUUUACGUCGAUAACACGUGACAGCAACAACUGAAAAACUUGAGGUCGACGGUGCGCUCAUUUCACCUUAUGACUACAAAAGUGCAAUUGGUGGACAGCUUAACCUAAGCGUAAAGUGAGAUUUCAGUAAAACGUACCUAGCCUGCCGGCGGUGUUGUACCCCCGAUACGCACUUGACUCUGUGCUCGUGUAUUUGGUACUUGUACCAAGCUCGCCUAAAACUAGUUCUCCAUAUUCGCACGCUGUUAAUAUCGUCGUACAAUAGCAAGUAGACGUGUACUAGCUUAGACCGAGAGUGCACUAACAAGAUUGGUAUCGCAAGCACAAGAUACAAGGGUAGCACGAUUUUCUAACUCGUGCUUUUUUUACUUGUAAUUAUAGGCUCUUUGUGCAUGAUGGGCCAUAUUAGAUGGCAUGUUGCAGAAUUACUGCGAAACUCAUUAGGUUUUUUUCCUAAGCUGGCAGAUCUAUCAGGACGGGAAAAAAGUGUUGAACCAAAACAAACAACAAGAGAGAACACGUUUAAAUAUAUGCAUUUCACGGUUUAAUAGACACGCUCGGGAAUCAUAAGCCCGCGACCGGUAAAACUGCAUCGUAAGAAAAAAAAUUGAGAUUGUCUGCUCAUUCAAUGGCAUAGCUGUAACAUGUAGGUUAGAGAUGGGAUUUUUUUUUCACACAAAUCAGGAAUAAUCGCUGUGUCAUGUUUUCGUAACGCAAUCGAGUCUAAAGCGGCUCUUUCACGUGACACGUGUCGUGUUGCGGUGAGGGUAAAAGGAGGAAUGAGUUUGCAGAAUGGCAUGUGGCAUGGCUUGCGGGAUGACAUAAUUAUGCAGAAUGUAAAAUAUGGAAAUGCGCGCUUCAUUGCCGCGCCUUUUUUGGCGCCAAUUUGAGUGAGCAACUGCUUCACUGGUUCACGCAUUUAGACAUUUAUCUAAAACAUACCUGAGAAUUGGCUAGGGUUCCUGAAGGCAGCCUCCAAACGAAAACAUUGAAGUCCGGUAAAUAUAGUGAGGCGUGACCAAAAUAACCUAGUCUCCUCGAUUGUAAAGUAACAAGACGAAAUUAAAUAUCUUCUUUUUCCGUUAUCCUUAGCGAAUAACCAUUGUUAAAAUCCUUAUUUUUCGAUAGAAUGGAGUACCAGAAUACAUGUGCGGUUGAUUUUUUGCUUCUUCAAAAUACUGUCGGCACCAAAAAUGUUACUCCUUCGAUCAAGAAUAGACUGUUCACAGUCCUCUAUUUUUCCGUAAGAUCGUCGAGAUCGAGCGCUUUGCGUUUCGGGCUGCAUCUUGCAUGAGUGUCAAAAUUACUUAGGGAGCAGGGGGCGGUUUGGGAGGAAGCGAGAAAAAUAGAGGGACUGUAAUAACAUCACUGCAGCUCGCGUUCAGGAGGCGUGACAGGAAUUUCACGCCUUUUACCAUUCAUUAAUUAAGAAACUCCGCUGGCGAUGAAAAACAUGCCAGACACAUUUAGCAUCGAUUACGCUUGUUUACAGAUACCUCCUUUCGAAACAGUGAUUUUAUAAUGUUUCUAGGCCAUUCCUACAAAUAAAAUCGGCAAACAGGCACAAGAGAAACAUUUUCCUAAUCGAAUCGCUAAGCAUGCUCACUUGACCAUAGACUAAAAUGGUUAAAACGUCCCGAUAAAAAGCCAGGCAUUUCUGACAGGUCAUCUAUUUUGCGUCGGCGUUGUGUUAAAUUUCAGUUCGUUUGGCAGAAACUGUGUUACAACAUUCCCGCGGCCGGGCUGAUUCCAAAGCAUGUUGGCUUACGUGAUUCAUCCACAAAAUACCAAAAAUCGUUCGUGUGUUUGCGCAAGUUGUACCUUACGGUAUGAAAGCGUGCGUUUUAUAGAAACGACUACUUGUCAAAGACUUGUCAGUGUCGGCAACUUAAACUAAACCCGUUGUCAACGCAAAUUAACAUCUAUUGUCUUAUGACCAAUCAAACGCCUGCGUUGCUGGUACAACGCGCUCCGUGAACGCAAACUGCAGUGAUGUUAUUACAGUCCCUCUAUUUUUCUCGCCCACCUCCCCCUAGAGCUAUAAUCCCCGACGCCCGCCCCCUCGGUACAUUUGAAAACCAAGAUGGCUGUCAUUAAAAGACGCGCUAUAUCUCAACGAUCUCACGAAAAAAUAGGGGACUGUGAACAGUCUAAUCAAGAAUUACGUUGCGUUACUUCCGUCUCUUCAAACGUACGUUGUGCCACCUGCAGUCACGGAACAGACUGUCACGCAGAGUCGCUGGCAGAUAAAGUUCAGUGUUUCAAAAUGGCUAAAAUUAACUCAGUUUCACCUUUUUACCCCAUUCUUUGAUUGAAAAAAGCAAUUUUGCAAAAGAAAAACCUACAAGACGUACGAAAAACGAGCCUUUAGGCUGUAAAUAUAUUUAUUUAUGUGCGUUUCGAAAUUCGAAGUGUUUACACAAUACAGACAAUUACCGCCAGCCUACCAUGAAAAUUCCUGAACUUCGAUGGUGUCUCACAGAGAUUUCCUUCACUUACCCAAGCCAAUUCCCAGGUAUGUUUUAAAUGAAUGUGUAAAUGUGCGAUUUAAAUAGCAAAAAGAGAAUUUGGAGUUAUACCACAUGUUAGAUAUUGCCGUCAAAAAUGAGUAACGAACUUAAAUUUUGUCCCUUAUUUUUAAAAUUAUUUCAGUACGACCAGCUUCCCUAUUGUCCAGAAAAAAUCUUCUAGUGGAAGGAAAAGAAUUUUUCUGUUCUUGGAAAGUGUCCAAAUUUCUCCAUCCAGCUUCGUUUGCGAACGCGAGGAAAGUUGAUGUUAGCGAAUUUCAGGUUAAAAAUUAAUGCAGUCUGAGACGGACUCCGACAUCGAAAACCGAUCUUCUAUUUUUUUUUUUUCUCACGAAUGAAAGGCUUUCGGCGGGAACAAUCUACGUUAGGUUUGUUAUACUCCUAAAAGCUAUCUAUGAACAAAAUGAAAGAACUUGAUUUUUCAACUCUUGCCACGAAAUUAACAUUUUGGUCGAUUUUUCUGUUUCGCACGUCUCAAGCUCGCAACUGAGGAAACAAAAUACAAGAUUCGAUUCAUCUCUGAAGAAUAUUAUCAAUUAUGUCACGACCACGUAACCCACAGUCUCAUAAAGAAACACUUCUCACACGGUUUGGAAUACAAAUAUAGGUAACAAGAAACUGUUACGUUAAUCGUACAAACAUCUUAUGCAGAAAAAAUUAAUUAAAAAAGAAGACGGGAGCGUGACCUUCGAAAACAUCUUUUCUUCAAUAGAAGAAGAACCUUUUUGGCUGUGCGGACAAGGCUGGUCGACAAUGAGCAUACGUGGUUUUUUGAUUGUCAUCGUAUGUUGAGCCCGCAACAUUAAAACAGCGGCUGCGUUUGCGCCAAAAAAGGGCGCACUUUUCAGUUUAAUUUAUUUCUGUGGAAAUGAUCUGGGUAUAUUAAAUUCCGCAUAAUUAUGUCAUUCCACAAGCCAUGCCACAUGCCAUUCCGCAAACUCAUUCCUCCUUUUACCCUCACCGGUGAUGUCGAGCGAGCGGGAAUUUCGCAGUGGUUUGUCUCAGUUUUAUCGCAGAAAUGAAGUCAAACAAGGACACAAGGUACAAAAAAUAAAUUGUAGACCUGAUUAAAUACUAGAAAGGAUUGAUAUUUGGUGUAGAUUUUGAAAACUUCGCCGUUUCGUGAUCGGAACUUGACCCAAAUGUUUACAUUGGGGAGGCGAGUUCAAAUACGGCACUUGAAGGCCAGGAUAGGAGUUCUUCAUUCACAGCUGACAAAAUGUUAUGAAACGUUCCACCUAAUAUAUAUGAAGCGUCUAUGUAUCACUGUGGGACUUGAGAUUGCUUAAGUUAAACGUAUUUUGGCUGAAACAUUUGUUGGAGGAUUGAUUUGUGGCGCGCCAAACCUCUUAUCUGUCAAGUCAGAAAGGUCAAAUUACACUUAAAUGCUCCGUGAAUUUUGCGUUCCCAAAAAUUCAUUUCAUAUGUUGCCCAGAGUUUUGAAAGCAUAUUUUGAAAGCUUAGAGAUUGCUUUUUAAUGUGGAAUGUCUUUUUCUUUUGAAAUCAUGUAUCGGAUGUGAUUUUAGGCCUUGAAAUUUGACAAUAUUUUGUUCGCGUAAAAUCCUUAAACUUUUGGAAAUAUUUAAAAAUUAAUAAAAUAUUCUAGUUGCAGUCAAUUCGAAAACAUUACCACUCAAAAUGUGUAUUAAAACCCGUUUAAUAUGAUAAGGAACUUUUUGGGUUGAAUGAUGUUUGAAUUCGAUUCAAAUCGUGGUCUUUUCGCAGGCCGGUCUAUAGGCCCGAAAAAGCGGUUUGGCGGGGGUCGUCGAUCGCCCGAAAUUGGCAUUCGCCGUAUUGCCAAAAUAUUUAUCGGAUGAAACUAAACUUUAUAUUUUUAUAACUAGGAUACCUAGGGUAGUCUAUAUAAUUUUUUGCGGGAUUUUCCAAAAAUUUUAUUUUUCCCACCUCUGGUCGAUACUUAGAGACAUUCGCUCUUAAGUGCAGGAGCAAGCUGUCAGAUGUAGCCGGGAGCAGUUCUUUCUUUUUUUUUUCUUUUUGCUCUUUCUGACAGAACAGGAAAUAUUUCAAUUCAUCCACAGCGCGUGGCUUCAUCCUAGAGCUUGGGUUCAGAUCACAGAUGAAAGAUUCACUUUUGGCAAAACUAUAUGAUUAUACUUAGAUUUGGCUGGGAACCGAGAGGACCUGGACUAUCUUGAUGCUGUUCGGUUCUUGUCAGUACCUCCCAUCCCUUCUUCUAACCAAUUCCGGCAAGGGCUCAGCCAGUGAGUCGCAGCCAGUAAUGGCGAGGAAAGCCAGAAGGGCCCGGGACCUUUUCGCCAAGAUCUUCCGACAUUGCAUAGACUGGAACAUAACCAACGCGAUCUUUCGCGUCAGUUUUGAAUCAAUAUUCAGCGCAGGUGAUAUCAGAAAUAUGGGCUACACUAAGAAUGAGAACAUCCUUUUCUGGUUAUUGUAAGACAGUGCUACCCUCUUGAAAGGUAUCCGCAGAGUACUUGGCAUGCAGCUGCAACCUGGGGAAUAACAAUGCAAUUAAACAGCGUCAACUGCGGCUCUCAUGCAAUUUUAUAUGAUGUUAUCAUUCAUUCAAAAUAUUUCCCCGAUUCUAAUUGGCUAAAAGCACACGUUAAAUUCACCAUAACCAGUUACUGAUGACCAAAUUUGGAAGAAUUUUGACUUUAACGAGGAAAUGACGUCAAAAAUGCAGCGUUUUCGCAGGUUAAGGCACUGUUAACCGAGAAGACCUGGAGACGAGGUUGAGUUGUUUUGGUUGUGAACUUGAAAAAAUGGCGGACAUUUCACUCGUUUCAGGAGUAAGAACUAGGCGAAAAAAUAGCUAAACACAUGGCAAGAACAGCAAGAGGACAACUCGAAGGGCGACAUCUGCUAUUUGGAGAAUAUUUGCGAAGCUGGACAAACAUAAACGUACACCAUCGAAGAUGAACUGAACAUCGAUGGAUCGAUGGAGGUAAGCAUCUUUUAGCUAUGCUUUUAAACUAGGUAUUAUUUUGAAUGAAUAAUAAGACAGUUUUUGAAUUCGGCUUUCGUAUCAUAUGAAGAAUUAUGGAGAUCUCGGCGGGUGUUAUCCACCUCGGCCUACGGCGUCGACGGAUAACACCCUCCUCGAUCUCCAUAAUUCUUCAUAAGAUACUCAGCCUCAUUCAUUAACUGUUAAUUAACGAUUCCAAUAUACAGAGUCACUUCAAAAACUAUGUUCCUCACCUAGUAUCUGCUUCUUCGUAGUCUGAUUCCAGAUCGUACUCCCCGCCUGGCAUUUUGAAUCCUCCACGGAUGACAAGGGUCUUCUCUGGAGGAAGCUGCUGUCUUCCCAAGUUGGGAAACGACUCUGACAGAAAUUAACAUAGAUUUAUCAUGUUCUGUGGAUAACGAAUAAACUUUCCCCACUGUUUUGGUACGGAAGUAGAUUGUCCAUGGAUCUUGACCUCCAACUAGGCGCUCAGAGAACCUUUGCGUUCACAUUCUCCAGCCUUUUUCGAUACAUCCCAGUAUUGGUUGAAGACAAUGUGAACUUCUUUGCAGCGAUGUAGUAAUGACCUUGAAAUACUUUGAUGCGAGUUCGCCGAACGUACUACCUCCCUGCUGAUUUCAGUACUUGAACUAAAGCCAUGCUAUCAGUGAGAUGAAUGGUGUUUCGUGGGAAAGGUUGGAGUCGUGCGCAAACGUUCAGUUUGGCUUCAAUGAGAGCUGCAAGGGCGCUUUUUGUCGUCUUUUUCAAGCUGCCAUCUUGGCGUGCCAGGGAGAACGGGAUAGGUUUUCACCUUGAGCUUUGGGAUCGACUCUCAGAAACGCAUUGGUUAGUGUUCAACGGUUGUUCUACAAAUGUGUUCAUAUAGCUGCGUCACUUUUCAGUACUUCUCAAUACCAUCAGCGACGUCGAUGGGCAAGACGACACCCGUAGCGAAGUUGAUUAACGACACAGUUUCUUACGUGAAAGGAUUACUCAUCAGAUCGCUUGUAAAGAGAGAGAUAAGAAUCUGAACAUCAGCCUAAUCGCGUGCUACCCGUUUUUGCGGCAGCCUCUUUGUGUAUAUCUACGCGGGUGCGCUCUUGCGAAAAUAUAUCUUUCAGAGCUGUUGUAACUGACGCACGCUCAUGACUAGUGAUGAACCAUCGAUUUAGUGCACAUGGUUCUGGGAAAUACCAAUUCUUAGAGUCCGCAUUUACGGACUGUUCCAGUGCCAUGUCCGUUCUGUCGACAUCUGGGUAAAGGGCGCCCUGGAGCGACUAACUGCGUGAUUGACAUUCACAAAUUCGUGAUGAACUUCCGGAUGCUUAGUUGCAAACUGCCUCAUGUCCAUUAUAUACACAGGGAGCCAGCGCGCGCAAUUUAGCCUGUCCAUGACGAAGGACUAUGGCACCAUAGCUGAAACACUUAACAUAUGUAAUUCCCAAUUACCAGUUCUCUCAGCCUUGACGACUUGCAGAAGAAGCUUAACCAUAUGCCCAUACUCCUCCCUCUUUUCUGAACUAUGCACACAAAAGACAUAAAACAAAACAAAAAAAAGAUAUGAAGAUAUUUGUUUCAUCCAAGCUAUUUAAAGUUUAGGUCGAAACAUUCUGUAGAUUUAUUUGUUUUCCAUGUUUAGGUCUCAUUGAUAUGUGACCUAAAAUAUACCUCUCUUUUGCUUUACAUCGUGUUCGUGGCAGCUUCAACAAGCUUAAAAUAAUGUUAAAGAUAAUAAUGUCAAAAAGCCUGUCUCAGGUGCAAAUUCAAUCAAUGUACUGAAGUAACCGCUAUAAUCGCAAAAGCAUACCUGAGAAAUUGAAGGACUUAGUAUUUUCUCACGACAUCAAAAAAAAAAAAAUGCUUACGUGAUCAGUCACGUGACACUCAUCAUCAUGGCCUGGUCGUAUGUUUCAAAUCUAACUACUUGUUUGUGAAGUUUCCAUCAGUUUUAAUCGCUUUUUGCUCAUUGAUUGCGUGCUUAAAGUCAAUUUAGAUCUCGCCUUGUUUCCAUGCAGAUCUGUAGAUCGCGUGACAAAAAAGCCUUGUAAUUCGAAAACGUGUACCACAUUUCAACUCUUCGAACUGUCUAGCAUUAAACAGGAGGUAUUUCUCUAACAGAAUUAAGUGUCAGACUUUUUCUGUUGCGAUGGUUGAACAAAACUUGUAUCUUUCAGUCUCUGCUCCCUGACUAUAAGACUUUUGAAACCAAAACCUCACCCUGACUAUAAUAAGACUUCUUAAACCAAAACCUCCUUUUCAACUGCCCUUUUUGUUUAGAUGCACGCAAGUUUAGGUGGCCUCCAUUCAGACCUAAAUGUUGGACAAGUACUUUCAAAGCUAUCAAAUGUUACAAAGCCAAGAAAAGACAGUUUCUCAAGACCGGCAAAGAUCUAUGGGGGAGACUUAGUUAUAGCAAUGGAUAUACUUUCUCAAACAGCUGAGUAUAAUGCUAGAUUUGGUAACGUUAGUUCAAAAGAAGAUUUUCAAAACUACGUAGAAGUGGCCAGUAAUUUAUUGGAACCAGUAAACAGAAGAACUUGGAGGGAUCUUGAUAGAGUAAGUCUGUUGAACUAGCAUAUACUGUAUGGUAACAUUGCUAUUUCUUGCUAACAAGACUAGCUUCUUUGACAUAUUUUCUUCAGCAUAUGUAGGAGCUGCUCGGAAGGUCUCUCCUAAUUGGUCGUAGGAAAAAAAUGACUUCAUUCGUUCAGUUGUUUUAGCAUUGUUUGGGGUCAGGGUCAGGCACCAUUGGUGACUCGGUGACUCCUCGUCCGAGCAGCUGCUGCAUGACCCGUCAAGACAUGAGACAUUAAAAGGUGACAUCAAAGGUGUUCUGUGAACAAAGACUAAAGACUUCGAGACGCAGCACAAUUCUUAGACUGACUUACUAAUGCUCAUUGCCUAUAAAAUGUCCCCCUACACGUGCACGUGUCCUUAUAUCAUGCGUGCGCGUGAGCAAUUGUAAUAUCAUAUUUUAAACAAAAAGGACAGAAGAAUGACUUGAGCACCUUUUAUUUUACUAUGUACACAAGUUUUACUCGUUCAUUUACUUGAUGUUCUUGUUUCUUUACGUUCUUGUCUUAAUAGAACCCUGUGAGUAACUGCGUCCUUGUUGGACUCUCCCUCAAAAAUAUUUACUAACUGUAUAUAUAAAAUAUAGGUGAAAAAAGUUGUAAAAUCACACUCUUCAUUUGUGGUAAAUAUGUCUUUACUAUGAAGAAAAUCUAUUUAUAAUAAAUGCCCGUGACUUUGUAUAAAAAAAUGGUAUAGGAUUGAAUGGAGUGGAAGCCACUGGUAGAACUCCUCGUGGAACCUACUGAUGUACAGUUACGAUGCUUAGAUAUUUCCCUCCCCCAUCUGCAGGCCAAAUUGGGGCUCAAAUGGGGAGUGCAGGGAAGUGCAGGUGCAAAACUUGGUUGAUAAGCGAGGAGGGGAGCACCCUUUCGAGUUCUCGUGUCUACGCUCACCUUUUACAGCCCACAUAUAGUAACAUCCCAUCGAACUUCGGCGGUGAAGUCUACAUAAUAAAUUGUACAGCUCAAAAGGAGGUCGGACAACUCAUGAACCCUUAACCUUAUAGGAAACCUUACCGUUAAUGUUAUAAGUUGUAAGGAAAAGAGUAUAAACACCAAUUUUAAAGACAGUCAAGGAAGCUUGAACACUUUCAGGUUCUUGUGGGCUCACGAUACGGUUUACUACCUUAAUUCACUAAAAGCCACUGCAGGCGGUGCAGUCGGUGUCAGCAGCCUUAUUAUUGGCAGCUGUAAUUUUGUAUCUUUUCAGAGUGCAAAACAUAAUCGAAACUCUAAUUUAAGUAGUGGUGUCCCAGCAGGGUUAUAGCUUUUUUCGGGCAUCAAAAGGGCAGCAAAAAAUAAUAAAUCGCUCAUGAAUAAAAUGCGCGGGAAACUUAAUUUAUUCUAAAAUGCUCAGGUAAGUACUAGUAAUGACGUUUCAACACAAUACCAUGAAGUCCAUUUGACAGUUUAGCAAUCAACUUGGUCAUGAUGUCUGGAAAUAAAGAGUUUUCAGCUCCACUCUGAGUAUGGGUGUUUGUUUUGUUUAUAUCUAUAUCCGAUUGUUAGCGCUAAAUAGAAGACAUUGGCCGUUUCUCGCUGACUAACGGCGCGUGAAACAAGACAAGAAACUCACCAAGGGCUGAGACUUCAAUAGCUAGUCCUUUCCUGGAGAUAGAACGGAGAAAAUGGUUUUGUAAUCUAUAGUCAGUCAGAACUGAAAUAAAGAGUUUGUCAGCUCCACUUUCUGUACGUGUGUGCGUCUUGUUUAUAUAUCCGAUUUUUUUUUUAGCGCUAUGUAGCCGUUUCUCGUGUUGCUAGGGAAUCGCAUCUCUUAUUCCUAUUUUUUUUCAAUUGACGCGAGUCCCACUCAUUAGGUACUAGUAUGGAGUUUAUUUAAGAACCAAAAGGGUAAUGGUUUACUUUAGAACCAUCCUUUUUCGCUCUUUGGAAUAAAUAUGACAACAAAUGGACUUUAUGGCAUGGUGUUGUGACGUCAUUACUAGUACUUGCCUGAACAUGGUUAGCAUAAAUUAAACAAGUUCCCACGCAUUUUAUUCAUGAGCGAUUUAUUAUUUUUUGUUGCCCUUUUGCUGCCCCCCCAAAAAAAAGGUACAAUUCUGCUGGGACACCAAUACUAAUUUAUUUCUUUUCCUACCAAAUUAGCUUCACUUUUUCUUUAAUCCCAAAACAAGUAACCAUUCUAGAUCAGUGCUUAAUUAACCCUAGUCACUAUACAUACAAUGUAAUCGCAAAACAUAAUCGCAGCUUUAUUUUCGCGCUUUUUUUCAUUUGUAGUAAAGAAUUAGCCAGCUUUUGAGUUGUCCUACCUCCUUUUGAGCUAUAGUAUGGGACAGGAUUCUUACAGCAACAUCAAUUAUCAGACUGCUCUGAAUUGUCCACAGGCUGGCCAAAACAAGAGUCAAAUGAUGGUUAUCACGAUGGAUGCAUACGGACUGGGAGUCGCUGCCAGAGUUAACGCAUCGACGAAACUGGAUUUUCAAUCCAAAAAUUUGAUGAUGAGGAUUGAUCACGUUGAUCAAAACAGCCCGGUACAAACAACUGACCUUGUACUCUAUCAGUAUAAAGCUAUUAGAGCCUCUUCAAAUGAGCCUGGUUGA